AUGAGGCCCAAGCAAAUGCGAUCCUCGGCGCCAAGCCUUACGGAUCGUCUGGAGGAUCCCGGAUUAUUAAUUACCGGAAAAACAAAAUGCAGCCAGCCAGGCACAAGGCUGUUCCCGUCCUACUGUGUAUGGUACUUUGGUGAUACCCGGCGAAAUCAAUGUUUACCAGUAUCUCACGGGACAGUCAGUAUGUUUGCAUGGAAAGGGAGACGGACAAAUGUUCCUUUGUCCCGACAGCAUUUCCGAGGAAAUGACACCCACCCCACGAAGAUCAAUAUGGGUGGUUGGUGGUUGGGCAGACACACAAAAGUCCGACCACCCCCAUCUCCCACAAUAAUAAUGAUGCUAAUCGGUGAUGGUAAUGGCGAACCACCAAAGUUACGUGGGGAAGGAGACAUUCUGCCGCUACCUCUUUGGGACACUGGCCGUUCCAGAAGUUACCUGUGUUUCCCCGUUAUCUACCUUUUCUGGAUUUCCUGGUUUGAGAUCAUUACUACACAGUUAUUCCCUUUGCCGCUGACUGUCCUGGCUUGGCUUGGCUCUUCCUUAUCCUCUCCCUCUCUCUCUCUCUCCCUGCUUCUUUGUGCCAACACAGCAAGUGUGUUGUUGCAAAUAGCCGAUCUGCUCAAACCACUACUAGUAGUGCUAGACUAUAUCUAUCAGAUAUACUCCCACUGGGGAACCGCCCACUGGACGUUCCCCUCCCUCCUCUUCUGCUCUCGUGCUUUCUUCCCAUCCAUGUAUCUCGUUCAGACUCUCGACCAGAGCGCCUCGACGGGCCUAGGACGCCUUAUUAAACAGUUUUCCUCUGGAUCGAAAUUGUGA